UGAAAGCCCAAAGCCUGCAAAUCUCCCAUGCAAAGCAGAAAAAAAAACAGUUACAUACGCAAAAUAUCAGCUAUAAAUAAGUACAAAGGACAAGCAACAAGAAGCACAAGUUGAGACUUAUUGUUGGAAGUGGAGAGAAGCCCUUGUGUUAUCUUCUCAGCUUGUUCUUUUAUUCACAACCUUGGGUUUAAAUCUCUCUAUCUUUUAGCUUUAGAGAUUCACAUUUUUGUUAGGGUCUUGUUUUGGUUCUUCAAUGGCGAGUUGGGUCUUAUCAGAAUGUGGCGUAAGACCCCUGCCAAGAAUCUAUGCAAAACCCAGAACUGGAUUCUCCAAGUUUAGAUCAUUUCAAGUUGCUAAAACUCACAGUUUUUCUUCUUCAUGUAAGGUGUCUAAUGGGUUUAAUGACAGAAAGUGGUCAUUGAAUGUGAGUGUUCCAUUGAGUGGACAAGAGAUUUUAAGGGAAGAGAAAAUCAAUGGAGUUAGAGAAGAAGAAGAUGGUGGUGAGUUUGACCCUGCUGCGCCUCCUCCUUUUAAAUUAUCUGAUAUUAGAGCGGCUAUUCCUAAGCAUUGUUGGGUUAAGAAUCCAUGGAAAUCAAUGAGCUAUGUUGUGAGAGAUGUUGCUGUGGUUUUUGGCUUGGCUGCUGUUGCUGCUUACUUCAAUAAUUGGGUUGUUUGGCCUCUUUAUUGGGUUGCUCAAGGAACAAUGUUUUGGGCUCUCUUUGUUCUUGGCCAUGAUUGUGGUCAUGGUAGCUUCUCAAAUAACCCAAAACUGAAUAGUGUUGUGGGUCAUCUUCUUCAUUCUUCAAUUCUUGUUCCUUACCAUGGAUGGAGAAUUAGUCACAGAACUCAUCAUCAGAACCACGGACAUGUCGAAAACGAUGAAUCAUGGCAUCCGUUGUCCGAGAAAAUUUACAAGACUUUGGAUAAUGCUACAAGAAUGUUGAGGUUCACCUUGCCUUUUCCUAUGCUUGCUUACCCUUUCUAUCUGUGGGCUAGAAGUCCUGGAAAGAAAGGGUCUCAUUUUCAUCCAGAAAGUGAUUUGUUUGCACCAAGUGAACGAAAAGAUAUCAUUACUUCCACUGCUUGUUGGACAGCAAUGGCUGCGCUGCUCGCCGGUUUAUCCUUCACCAUGGGUCCUCUCCAGAUGCUUAAACUCUAUUUCAUUCCAUACUGGAUAUUUGUCAUGUGGUUGGAUUUAGUAACUUACCUGCAUCACCAUGGCCACGACGACAAGCUUCCUUGGUACCGCGGAAAGGAAUGGAGUUAUCUGAGAGGAGGGCUUACAACAGUUGAUCAAGAUUAUGGCUGGAUUAAUAACAUUCACCAUGAUAUUGGAACCCAUGUGAUACAUCAUCUCUUCCCUCAAAUCCCACACUACCAUUUGAUAGAAGCAACUGAAGCAGCUAAACCUGUGCUUGGAAAGUACUACAGAGAGCCAAAGAAAUCUAGACCUCUCCCAUUGCACUUAUUGGGAAGCCUCAUAAGAAGCUUGAAACGGGAUCACUUUGUUAGUGACACUGGGGAUGUUGUCUAUUAUCAAACGGACCCUAAAUUACAUGGACCAGAGAAACAAGAUUGAAUACUCCUAGCUGAAUUAUUUCAAGCACAACAAAGAAGCAUAUAAAGCAAUUGAUUCUUUGUGACAAGCUAUUUAACUUCUGACAAUUAUCUCACUCUGUAUUACCACAAAUAGAGAACCCAAUCUGCCCCAUAUAUAUUUUCUUCCUGCUGUAUUCGAGAACAGGUCCCCUGGCAUAUAUGUUAUCACAUGGGGCAUAACGGUUCUGCUUUGUUAUGUAUUAAUGAAAGAAAAAUCUGCAAUUUCAGAUGAGAAAAUGUGUGGUUUGAUUUGUGUA